AGCUAAAAUGAGCCCAGAUGUAACCUCGCACCAAUAAGCUUAUCCUAAACCACAUCUAUCUCAUUUACACACACUUCACUUCUUCAAUCAGAUAAACAACAGUUUUGAUCUCCUCAACAAUGGCAUUAAGCUCCAGUUUCUGUUAUUAUUCAUCUUCUUCUCCAAUUUCAACUCAGUUCAUCAAAAAACCUACAAUUUCACUUCCAGUUAAUCCUCGUAACGCAAUGUUUGCGCUGACGUCAUCAUCAGAUUCUUCAAGUUCAGAUGAUUUACCGAAACCGCCUCUUUCAGUUUCAGUUGAUUCAAAUUCGGCGCCAAAAGCUCGAUUCGUUGCUCGCAGAACGGAAUCCGUUUCUGUUCGUCCUCUCGAACGGCCUCUACUGGAGUAUAUGAGUCUUCCUGCAAGCCAAUACUCUGUUCUUGAUGCUCAGAGGAUAGAGAGGAUUGAUGACAAUACUUUCAGGUGUUACGUGUACAAAUUCAAGUUCUUUGCUUUUGAGGUUUGUCCUGUUUUGUUGGUUCGAGUUGAGGAGCAACUUAAUGGCUGUUCGAUUAACCUCUUGUCGUGUAAGCUUGAGGGAUCCCCAAUUGUGGUUGCACAAAAUGAUAAAUUUGAAGCUUCUAUGGUGAAUAGAAUAUCAUGUGAUAGCAACCAAAGCAGUUCAUCUAUGCAAGAACUCAUGUCAGACACUGUUAUUGAGGUUAGCAUUGAUAUACCAUUUCCUUUUCGGGCAAUCCCAGUUCGUACCAUUGAAUCAAGUGGGACUCGGGUCCUUGAGCAGAUACUGAAGAUUAUGCUUCCCCGGUUUAUGGCACAGUUGGUGAAAGACUAUGAAGCUUGGGCUUCUGGUGACACCUCAAGGCAGCCUCUUGGAACAGGUGGGAUAUGAAGAUGACACUCUUCCAGUGUUGCAGCUUUACUCUUUCUUCCAAAAUGGUUUCAAAUCAAUGUAUUUUGUGUAAAAUGAAAUGUUACAUUUCAGCUGAAAUCGGUUAUUUGAUCAUCUUGGGCAGUUUGUAGUUGUAUGAUAUGAACACCAAAAUGUUUUGCUUGUUUUGUGCUUCAAGAACUUAUGUAUGGAUAAUUUAGCAUUCUUCUUU